CCGAUUUCCGAAGUUCUGACUUCGCUCCGCAGUGAUCAACACUCUAAAUCUUUCUAUCAACGCACCUUCACAUUUUUUGCUUUGUUUUUUAUAUUGAGUAACUAUCGAUUAAAACCAUGAGUGGUUGGAAUUUGGUUAAAAAAACAAUAUUUAAGAAUGGAAGUCUCAUGAGACAAAUUCGACCUUUACAUACGACGCCUGCGCUGAACUUCAAGGGAGUAGCUAAAAGAGAAUCACUGAACUCCGAUUUCAUAUUAGAUUUACAUUAUGAAUUCCAUUACCGUGAUCAAAUACCGUUUACAAAAGAAGAUGAGAAGAAAAAUUUAAUUGCUGAUAUUUCAAUGGGUGUAGUUAUGGCCUUUGUUAUUUAUAAAUGCUAUUCUGAAACUGAACAUUUGGUUGGAGAUUUUGAAUAUCCUGAUCCUUCAAAAUGGACAGAUGAAGAAUUAGGUGUACCAUCAGCUGAAUAAAAAUAGAAAACUAUUCAGUUCACUUUUAGUAUAUAUUUAAAUAAAAAUAAAAUAUUUUGAAUAA